AUGCCUCGUACCGACCACGAUUCCUCCGGCGAGGAGGAGAUCCCACCAGUCAAGAAAGGGAAGAUGACCAAGCAGGCCAAACCAGUGGAAGAAGUGGAAGAGAAUGAGGACCAGGAGGAAGCGGAUGACGAGUGGGCGCAUUGCAUCGCAUCGGACCGGAAUGGCGCGCUGACUUGCGCAGAUAUAUCGUCGAGAGGAUUAUGGGUCACAAACCAGGGCGAGCUGGUGUUCAACGUAAAGUGGCAGGGCUAUGACGACCCCAAGGAUCAAACAUGGGAGCCCGAAGCCAACAUGGCAGGUGCCAUCGACGUCAUGAACGAAUACUUUGACGAACUCGGCGGUCGACCAGAACCCAAGGGCCCCGGAAAGCGCAAGGGGCGACCCUCCGGCGCAAACAAAUCCGGGUCUGGAACACCGGCAUCGACGGCGAAGCGCGUGAAACAAGACCGAGAAUGGAGUCCACCCCAUGGCUCGUGGGAAGAUGAUGUCGAUUACAUUGACACUGUCGAGGAGAAAGUAGACCCUAGGACGGGCGAGCUGUCGAAAUUCGCAUAUCUGGUGUGGAAAAACGACAAGAAAACACAACACCCCCUCAAGCACAUCUACCAGAAGUGCCCACAAAAGAUGCUGCUCUACUACGAGAGCCACCUCGUCUUCACACAGACCCACGAGAGCCUAAACGGCGACGACGAUUCCAUGAAGGAUGUGUAUUGA